AUCAGCUGACCCUGAGGCCCAGCGGGGACUGGCAUAUGCUGAACCUCCGUUAAUUUGAUACCCUUUCAGACUGACGGGGUCCCGCCUUUCAAAGAAUAUCCCUUCCUUCUGUGCUCUUCAACUUCUUUGGAUUCCUUCUAAGCCUUUAACAAGUUACUAGUCAUUCAAGAAUUUCUGUGUACUAUAUUAUUCCCGCUUAUCUAUUAUCAUGACGACUCCUUCUUCUCUCUCUAUAAAUCCCUCUUUCUCUCCUCCUUACUUGUGCCCUGUCUCUAUCUCUUCUUUUUCUUUUGAAGUUUCUUCUUUUACUUCUUCAAGAACAAAACACGUUUCUUUAACUUGUAAAAGAUUUGAUUUUGUUAGAGCUAGCAGUCUCACGAUUUGGAGAAGGAAACAGAUUGUUCUCGUUAAAGCUGAUAAUAAUAAUAAUAGUGAUACUAACAACGAUAUGACUAUUACAGAGGUCAGAGAAGAAGAGGAUGAGAGUCAACCUCUGAUUGAAUCAGAGAACAAUGCUAGACCUCGUCGUAUUGCUCUCUUUGUUGAACCCUCUCCAUUUGCAUAUGUUUCAGGAUAUAAGAACCGAUUCCAGAAUUUUAUUAGAUAUUUACGUGAAAUGGGGGAUGAGGUAAUGGUUGUGACAACACAUGAAGGAGUGCCCCAGGAGUUUUAUGGAGCAAAAUUGAUUGGCUCACGGAGCUUCCCUUGCCCUUGGUACCAGAAAGUGCCUCUUUCGCUAGCACUUAGUCCCAGAAUAAUUUCAGAGGUUGCACGGUUUAAACCUGACAUUAUACAUGCAUCUUCACCGGGGAUUAUGGUUUUUGGUGCUCUUAUCAUUGCAAAACUACUGUGUGUACCAAUUGUCAUGUCAUAUCACACUCACGUUCCAGUAUAUAUCCCAAGAUACACUUUUAGUUGGCUGGUGACACCUAUGUGGUUGGUUAUAAAAUUUCUUCAUAGAGCAGCUGAUCUUACUUUGGUUCCAUCAGCUGCCAUUGCAAAGGAUCUUGAAGCAGCUAGGGUGACAGCAGCUAAUAAGAUUCGUCUCUGGAAUAAGGGUGUAGAUUCUGAAAGCUUCCACCCACGUUACCGUUCUCAUGAAAUGAGAUUGAGACUAAGCAAUGGUGAACCUGAGAAACCAUUAAUAGUUCAUGUUGGCCGACUUGGUGUGGAGAAGAGUUUGGAUUUUCUCAAAAGGGUCAUGGAUAGACUUCCAGAAGCCCGGAUUGCUUUUAUUGGAGAUGGUCCAUAUAGGGAGGAACUGGAAAAAAUGUUCACUGGCAUGCCUGCAGUGUUUACUGGGAUGCUACAAGGUGAAGAGCUAUCCCAGGCAUAUGCCAGUGGGGAUGUUUUUGUGAUGCCUUCAGAAUCUGAGACACUUGGACUAGUUGUUUUGGAGGCCAUGUCUUCAGGAAUUCCUGUGGUGGGAGCUCGUGCAGGGGGAAUCCCUGAUAUAAUUCCUGACGAUCAGGAGGGCAAAACGGGCUAUCUCUUUAAUCCAGGCAAUCUUGAAGACUGCUUGAGUAAAUUGGAGCCUCUGUUAUGCAACAAAGAACUGAGAGAAACUAUGGGGAAGGCUGCACGACUGGAAAUGGAGAAGUAUGACUGGAAGGCAGCCACCAGAAAGAUACGCAACGAACAAUACAAUGCUGCCAUAUGGUUCUGGCGAAAGAAGAGAGCGCAGCUAUUGAGACCUAUACAAUGGCUGGCAAAACGUAUCUUCCCAUCGGCAGAGGUUAACUACAGUUGAUGCAGAAACAUCCCAAAGAAUUUUGCAGCAAAAACUCAGAAAGAACAGAAAAGAAGUGCAAAAAUCUCAGGAAUCAAUUGUCAUUGUAAACUUUCUUUGGGCCUGAAGGGAAGUCCUUUAGGGGUGUACUUAUGAUUGAUUGGUUGUGAUGUUAUUGAUUGGAUAUUAUUUUUUUAGGCUGUGAAAUAUGGUCAAUUCUGCUAUGCCCAAUUAACAUUUUAUGCAGUUGAAUGUCAGCUCUGUUUAAUAAACAUCCUGGUUAAUUUCUACGGCA